GGGAUAACCCUACUUUUCAGGAUCGCCUCUCCUCCUACUCUGCCUGUAAAUAAUGAGACUGGACGCUUAGCUUAGCCAGCAUUUGCUCGCUAGCCUGCAAGGCUGUGCGUAUUCUUUUAUUAUUAACAAUGUUUUUUUUUACUUUAUAAAACACGACCCUUGAUGCGGAUCACACAGACAUAACUGGAAGGUGGGACUCUCAAGGCGAGGAUCCAUGGCAAAGUGGCUUAAAGACUAUCUCAACUUAGGCAGCAGUAGGCGUGACCCACCACAGCCCCCAAGGCCCGACUACACAGAGAGUGAGAUCCUGAGGGCAUACAGAGCUCAGAAAGAGUUGGACUUUGAAGACCCCUACCAGCCCUCUGAUAAGCAGCUCCAGAAUGGUGGCUAUAAAGGCUGUAGUACAACCUUGAGCCUCCCAUCGUUCCCUGCAUUUGGCUCUGUUCUACCGAAUGGAGUGGAGGUCAAAGUGGUUUCUCCCAAACACAGACUCAUCAAAGUGGACUCUCAGGAGUUUGGGCGCUGUGCUAACCCACUGAGCCCAGUCAUCGUCCACGAGGAACCGGUCGUUCCGUCUGCCCCAGCCGCAGGCGACCAGGACACAGACUACUCGGACCCCUUUGAUGCCCGCCCGGACCCCCGAACACGGACAGACUGGGAGCCCAGCACUGCCCCCGACAGCCGCAGCUACAUGGAGCCAUUCCAGGCCCAGAGGAUCAUCUCAGAGCUCCAACUCAGCGCGAUGAGCGGCGACGGAGACCAGCUGUACGAUAACCCGUACGAGGAGAGGGAGCGGCCCUACCACCCCCACCACCAGCCCCCCGGCCCCCAGGGCCAGGCCCUACCCCAGGCAGAGGGCAGGGAGAGCAGGCUGCCGCAGGACGACGAGCGGCCCGCCGACGAGUACGACCAGCCCUGGGAGUGGAAGAAGGACCACAUCUCUAAGGCCCUGGCCGUUCAGUUCGAGGGGGCAGAGCGGGAGCGUUCCCGGGGGCACCCUGAGCAGGCCCGGCCCCCCAGGGUCAGCCCCACCGCCGCGCCGGGGGGGUCCGCCACGCUGCGCAUGGUGGGGGACACCCCGCCCCUCCUGGGGGAGAGAGUGGACCCGGCGAUGCCGCUGGAGAGACAGGUGUGGUACCACGGAGCGCUGGGCCGCGGCGAGGCGGAGGGGCUGCUGACGCUGUGUAAGGAGAGCUCCUACCUGGUGAGGAAGAGCCAGAGCAGCCGCACAGACUUCUCCCUGUCCCUGAGGAGCUGUAAGGGCUUCAUGCACAUGAAGUUCAGCCUGUCCCCAGACGGCCGCUACGUCCUGGGGGAGAACAGCCCGCCCUUCUCCACCGUGCCCGAGGUCAUUCACCACUACACCACCCACAAGCUGCCCAUCAGAGGGGCCGAACACAUGUCCCUGCUGUACCCCGUCAUCGUGCAGACCCUCUGACACGCGCACUCACACUCCCUCACACACCUGUUGCUCCUGAAUAUGGCUUGCUUCACACUGAUCCCUGGUCAGUGUUGGUCAUCUUCAACCUCGAUCGCUCCUCUUCCUCUUCCCUGCGAACAGGGGCAUCUAAACUAGUUGGCUAGACUAGUGUCCUUCUAAACUAGUUGGCUAGACUAGUGCCCUUCUAAACUAGUUGGCUAGACUAGUGCCCUUCUAAACUAGUUGGCGAGACUAGUGCCCACUGCCCAUCUAAACUUGUUUGCAAGAGGAUUGCCAUUGUAAACUAGUUGACUAGAUUAUUACUCACUGAAACUAGUUAACUCGACCUGGCAUCUAAAAUAGUUUACUAAAGUAACCCUUCCAUCCUAACUACACUACCCUAGUUAAUUGACCAGUACCCAUCUUACCUUGUUAAACACUACUACCUAUCUUCAUUAAUAAAACACUAGUACCAAUUUCCACUAGUUAAAAAACUAAACAGUAAUAUAACUCUGAACUAACUUAACUAGUUAAGCGCUAGUCUUAACUAGUUGGUUUGACCAAUAGUCUUACCACCUUGACUUUAGUGUAAAUUGAACCUAACUAUAGCAAACAUCUUAACCAGUUAACUUGACUAGUACCCCUUACCAGUCUAACUUGUUAACUACCAUCUUAACUAGGUAACCAGACCGCCCGCUCCUGCCUUGUAUAUGGUGUGCACUGAGCCUGCCACAGUCUCUGCCUUUUUUUCAUUAUUUUUUAUUUGAACAUGAUAUUUAUUUCUCCCCCUGGCGCUGGUGGGACUCGCGUCUGUUUGAAACUGUUACGGGGUCAGCAGGGGAUUAUGGUACUUUGAGUUUUAGCUGGUGUGGAAGUUAGGAUAGCAAGUCAUCUUCCUUGACAUGGAUGCCUACGGAUGGCCUUGUUGUGUCAAUGUUCUCCCGUUUCAAAGGGGCCUGUAUGAGCAGGUGAAAUGAGUUGGCUUAGCACAAUGACAACACUAGUUUAGAGAAUGACUGCAGUAUUAUUCUAUUACAAGCUUGUUGCUUCAUGACUGUUAGUUUUGGCUACUGAAGCUUUGCUUGUUUCUCUGAUGUUGUUUUCAAACGAUGUGUUCAUUGACUGAUAAUAAAUUGUUGUUUUUAAAUAUAUGAU